AGAAAGUUUCUAACAUGUUUUCGAUAUAUAAAUAUCGAAUGCAUUUAUGAGAUAUUACAUUAUGUUCCAGAACUGUUACGUUUAAACUAGGCAACAUGAAAUAUUUUGUGAUAGCCUUAUGUACCAUCUUGCUUACGUGCGAGUUACUGGUUGCUCAUCCUGUCGAAGAUCAAGUUCAGAAUCCUUCACUUGAAAAUGUUCGUCCUGAAAGAGACACUGGUCAUCAUGACGAUGCUGUAGAUUUUGGAGCACAUACUGGAGAUAAUGGUGCCUUCGGAUGGUAUGCCCAUUAUCCCGUUCAAAAAUAAUAUAAUUUCUCUUAACGUUUAGUUUAUUGUUUCCUUGAUUUCUUACAAUGAAGUUUUGUAUUUAUUAUGUACCAAAGAUAUGGGCAAGUGCAUUGAUCUCUUGUACCUAGUUAGCUUACAAGUUUACUACAUAUUUUGCUUUGUUCCUGUCGUGUAUAUAUUUAAUUUAAUAAAUUCAGUAACAAAAGCAUUUU